AUGCCCACAACUGAGAAACCAGAAAACGCACCAGAGCAUUGUCCGGGACCAAGUACUGAACAAGCUGGAAAAGCUUCAGCUUGUGAAGGUUGCCCAAACAAAAAUAUAUGUGCAACUACUCCCAAAGGGCCUGAUCCAGAUUUACAACUUAUUAAAGAAAAAUUGAGCUCAGUCAAACAUAAGAUACUUGUGUUAUCAGGUAAAGGAGGAGUUGGUAAAAGUACUUUCACCGCUCAACUUGGAUUUGCCUUUUCUAGUGAUGAAAACAUUCAGAUUGGAGUAGUGGAUAUUGACGUAUGUGGUCCAUCAAUUCCAAAAAUAAUGGGAUUAGAGGGUGAACAAAUUCAUCAAAGUUUAUCUGGAUGGUCACCAGUUUAUGUUCAAGAUAAUUUAGGUGUUAUGUCAAUUGGAUUUAUGUUACCUAACCCUGAUGAUGCUGUUAUAUGGCGUGGACCCAAAAAGAAUGGAAUGAUUAAACAAUUUUUAAAGGAUGUAGAUUGGGGUGAAUUAGAUUUCAUGUUAAUUGAUACACCACCGGGUACUUCAGAUGAACAUUUAUCAAUUGCACAAUUUCUUAAAGAAAGUGGAAUUGAUGGAGCAAUUGUAAUAACAACACCACAAGAAAUAUCAUUACAAGAUGUUAGAAAAGAAAUAGAUUUUUGCAAAAAGGUCAAAAUUCCAAUUUUAGGAGUUGUUGAAAAUAUGAGUGGAUUUGUUUGUCCCAAUUGUGGAACAAAAAAAAUGGCUGAAGAUAUGAAAGUAAAAUAUUUGGGAUCAAUUCCUUUGGAUCCAAGAAUUGAUGAAUAUCCUGAUUCACCUGCUUGCAAAGCUUAUUCAAAUAUUAUUAAAAAAAAAGAUUAA